CACACCCUUGAAUGUAGAGAUCCACAUGUCUAUAAUCCCCGCUUGGCAAAUCCGGAACCUGAAAGCAUGGUAAUGAAGCAUGUUUCAGCACCGUGGGAUGAGGCGUUCUCAGCGCAUAUGAGGUUCGACAUGAACACUUUCUUUACAAGUUUACAGAUGCGUUUGGGCGAUGCGAAAGCAGGAUUUCGAGGAGGCGUAUGCUUGUCAAGUAGUGCUUGUGAAAUAUCCUUUUCAUUAUGUCAACCACCAAUUUCAACCUCCCCGCCGAAAUUUUCUCUUCGCAACCGCUAUUUUUUCUGUAACUCUAUCAUUCAAUUGAUAACUCUUGACACAACCGUUUCAAGAAUCCUUACUGAAAUCAAGGAGGAAAACUGGAUGCUACCGGUAGUUUUGGCUACUGCUAUUGACCUACGUCGAUUUGCCCACGGUCUGGAUGCGAAAGCAGUAUCAAACACCAACCAACUAGGUCGCGGCCACGGACGUCAUAUGGAGACUGCAGCACAGCUUAUAUUGCGGCUUUUUCAAAUUUGCGCUAGUGAUAGUCGAACUCAAAUGGAUGACUCCAAGAAGCUAGGAAUGAUGGGCUUAGCCAAUCAACUUUUCAAGAUCUAUUUUCAAAUCAAUAAACUGAAUCUGUGCAAACCGAUGAUCCGUGCCAUAGAGAAUAUGAAUAUCAAUGAUCGAUUCAGUUUGGCGCAGCGUGUAACCUAUUCCUACUAUGUUGGCCGAAAAGCCAUGUUUGACGGUGACUUUGUAUCGGUUAUUCAGGGCGUUUUCCCCUACCCCUCCUUACUGGUCAAGUACAACCUGAAUGAGUUUCUUGGAAUCUCUGAUGCCGCCAAGUACGACUAUUCCAUUUCAUCACCACUUUCAUCCCACUGUAGAGCAGGCAACUUGCAGAAAAUGGAUAUGGAGUUGAACAAGUACGAGGAAUUCUUUCUGUCUUGUGGAGUCUAUCUUAUUUUGGAGAAACUCAAAUUGAUAACCUACCGCAACCUGUUCAAGAAGGUGUGUGCUAUCAUGAAAACCCAUCUGAUGCCCAUUGAAGUGUUCACUGCAGCCCUACGUCUCAUGGGGGUAGAGGAUAUUGACCAAGAUGAGACAGAGUGCAUUCUGGCAAAUCUUAUUUAUGAAGGUAAAAUUAAGGGAUACCUGGCCCACCAACAACAGAAGCUAGUCGUGAGCAAGCUACAGGCUUUUCCCGCACUGACCGCAGCUAUGACGACAAUGACAAGAUGAACGGCAGCAUGUAAAUAUGCACAUAAUACAGACGUUUCUCAAAAGUCCCGUCUUGUUUUCAUUUGACGCAUCUUAUCGUACGCAAUGUUUUUAUUUCGAAGAAAUAGUGUUCAUAGAAAAGAAAACUGUACAUACGCUUUGGCUGGUGCAUAAUUUAUACGAUAAUCGUGUGCUCACAGUGAAUUGAAUGUAUCAUAAAAAACUCACAUGUGAAGUAGGCAAGUGGGGGAGUAAAAGUAAAGCACAAUGAACUUGGUCCAGGGUGAUAGCUAUUAAUCGGACACGAUAGCCGUACUGUUGAUAUAAGUAAUAAUAUGCUUUACGUAUGAUAUUAUUGACCACAGCCGUUUUCGUUUCCAAAAGAAAAGCAAGAUGUAAAAAAGCUGCAGGUUGAAAUUAAAGGUUUCCGUACUCUAACAGUACUCUUGGCUUGCCGACGACCUCCAGAGCGAUAGGUUGUUUAUCGCCUGUUCGAGGACCGUUCGAAUCUCGUGAACCAAAUGGUACUCUGCCGUUCACUACGUGACAGUCCAAGUUACUCGCCAUGCUCCCACUGCGACAUACGGAGGAGGCAUUACUUGGACAUUCUGAGCCUCUGAACCCCGGGUUUUCCGAGACAUUCUCCCUACAGUUGAUGAGCAAAUAUAAAGAUAAAUUGUUAGGUGUGGAUCGACAACUUUAGCUAUCGCAAACUGGCAAAACGACUAUAUGUGGCUGACAAUAAUAACCUGAUUUUCCGUUCCUCCGCCGCUGAAGCCCCCUGUUCUGAUUCACACGGCUGGGAUAUUGAAGGACUUCGGUGAACGGAAACCGCAGUGUUCGUCGUGUUUCUGCUAGGGGCGGCGAAUGCAGAUGUAUCCGGUCCGUUUGCUCUGUGAGAAUUCGGCCGAGGCGAAGAUGUGAAAGACCGCAUGCUAG